GGCAGGAAGGGCAGAGCAGAGAAGGACCUAGAAGGUCCUUUGAGGGAGUCAGGACAGCCGAGGCUGGGUAGGAUGCCUGGACAAGCCCCACCCAGUUGUGUUGUUUCACCGCAGGCUGCUUGGAAGUGGACACUUUCAGUUUCCAAUUCAGGUCCCGGACAUAUUUGGGCCCCGAGGUGUGGUUACUGCACAGACUCGUAGCUGGCUCCUCACAGCCAAGAACCGCUGGAUGUGCUUCAGCUCAGUCAGAGGAACAUCCCUGGUGGAGAGGAGGGGGACACUGCUCAGCCCAGGUUCCAAACUGUCUGCGACCUGAGCAGGUAAUCCACAAGGAAGGUGGAUGUCGGGGUGCUCAUGGAAACUCCCAGAAAUCUGAUAGAAUUGUCCAAAGCACAUUAAAUCAGGAGGGUAAUUCAUGUGAAAUCUGAGGCAUAGUCUGACUUGUUCUCGGCCAGCGCGAGCUUCUCAUCAAGACAGACAAGAAAACAAGGGGAAUUGCUCACGGCAGGACGACAGGAGCCCGACUUGGCUUGGGAGUGAGCUGGAGUGAGGGGUGAAGCAACACCGCCUUCUAGCCGGGACGCAGAGGCGAGCUGUUGCGAAAACGCUCAGAUCCCACUGCUGGCACCAUGGCCUCAGGAGCCCGUGAGCUCUGCCCAGAGAGCAAAAGCCUUCUUGAGGAUAUCAUUGAGUCUGUCCAGGACACAGUGAGCUUCGAGGAACUGCACUUCCUGCUGACUGACCAUGAAGCCUGGGAGGCAUUCUUGACUGAGGCCACGUUGUCCAGGGAGGAGGCAGAUGCCCUACGUGAAGGUCUGAACGAGCUGGAAAGAACCAUGUAUACAGAGGCCGAAGAGCAGCUGGCUAGAGAGAGGUUUUUGAGUGAGUUUCCCAAGUUGAAAGUGGAGCUUGAGGAGCGCAUAAGAAAGCUCCACGAGCUUGCAGAUAAUGUUGACAGGGUUCACAAGAACUGCACCAUCUCCAACAUAGUAGCCAGCUCCACCGGCGCUGCAUCUGGCCUCCUGUCCAUCCUUGGCCUGGGUCUGGCACCUUUCACAGCAGGGGCCAGUCUGGCACUCUCGGCUGUUGGAGCAGGGCUGGCAGCAGCAUCUGUUGUGACCCAAGUGUCCACCAGCAUCGUGGAAUACUCAAGCGAGUCAUCCGCAAAAGCCCAAGCCAGUCGCCUGACAUCAAUUGAUUUUGACAAAGGGGAGGUAGUUGCCAAGGUUCUGUGUGAUACCAUACCCCAGAUUUCUUCCUCAACAGGUAAAUGCAUCCAAGCCCUGCAAAACAUUGCAAAGAAUGUUCAUGCCAUCAAGCUAGCCAAAGUCAAACCUCGCCUAGUAGCCAAUGCCAGGCGCCUCAUGAGAGCUCAGAGAGUCUCAGUUCGAAGUAGCAGGCAGGUGCAGAAAGCUUUUGGAGGCACUGCUCUUGGAAUGACCAAAGGAGCCCGGAUCAUGGGUGCAGCCACCGCAGGUCUCUUCCUUGCAAUGGAUGUGGUCAACCUUGUGAAAGACUCAGAGCACUUGCAAAAGGGGGCAAAGGCCGAGUCAGCUGACGAGAUGAGGCAGCAGGCCCGGGAGCUGGAGAACAAGUUGGAGGAGCUCACCAAGAUCUAUGAAAGUGUGAUGGAGGGCCUGACUCCAUGACCCCCGAGCAGGGCAGGGAGCAGGGACAUGUGUGGAAGAAAGACAUAGAGGUAC